CUUUCGAGAGAGAAAGAGGGGCGCUGCUUCUUCGUUGGCGCUCUGCCGAGGAAUCGAAGAAGCGUGGGGAUUCGAGAUUGCCGGCGGCGAUGGGAACGUCGGUGCCUGGAGAAUCCCGCUACGGGGCUUUGGACAACCGGAGGCGGAGACUGGAGCCAUGGCACGGGCAUCGGCGUGUGUUCAAGCGGAGGGAGAGGCGGCAGAUCGACGAGUCUCGUCGCUGGGUCUAUUCCCCCCGCGAUCUCUCCGCUCUCAAGGAUAGGUUUAGGAUCGUUUCUUACAAUAUUUUGGGUGUUGAGAACGCUUCAAACCAUUUAGACCUAUACACCGGAGUUGAUCCACAUUACUUGAGCUGGGAAAGAAGAAGGAAGAAAAUAUGCAAAGAACUCCGUCAUUAUAAUGCCGGCAUUCUAUGCUUGCAAGAAGUUGAUCGAUUUAAUGAUUUGGAAAAGCUUCUUCAGAAAGAUGGUUAUACUGGUGUUUAUAAGCGACGCACUGGGGGAGCAGAAGAUGGUUGUGCCGUAUUUUGGAAAGAAGAACAAUUUUCUCUUAUACAUCAAGAAAGCAUCGAAUUUUGUAAAUAUGGACUUAGGGAGAAUGUUGCCCAGCUUUGUCUUUUUAAGGUUGGCCGCAAACAUUCAAAUGCUUCAACCGGUGAAGAUUCAGAUUCUGAAAUACCAGAGUCAAUGAUGCAGCAAACCUUACUUGUUGGAAACACACAUGUGUUGUUCAAUCCAAAUCGUGGAGAUAUCAAGCUUGGGCAGAUCCGUGUGCUUUUGGAGAGAGCACAUGCCAUAUUACAGGAAAGAGGAAAUUGUCCUGUUGUGAUUGCUGGUGAUCUGAAUAGUUUGCCACAGAGUGCAGUCUAUCAGUUUUUAUCUUCUUCACAGCUUAACAUUCUUACCUAUGACCGUAAGAAAGUUUCUGGUCAAAUUGAAUUUCCAUCAAACCAGAUACCCUUUGCCCAAAUUGGUGCCUUUAGAUCUCUUCCGGUGGUCAAGCCAAAGUUGAUGACUUAUUACUGGAGUAAGGAGGACAUUUUCCUUGCUGCUGGCACUUCAAAGUGCACCUAUCUUCAGAACCCACUAAGGCUUUCAAGUGCAUAUAAAGGAGUUCCUGGGGAUCUCAAAAUCAGAGAUCAACAUGGGGAACCUCUUGCAACUUCCUUCCACUCCAAGUUUCUGGGAACAGUUGAUUAUAUCUGGCAUUCUGCUGGACUUGUUCCUGUGGGGGUCAUAGAAACCUUGCCCGUCAAUAGUUUAAGAAAAUUGAGAGGACUUCCUAGUUUGAAAUGGGGCAGCGAUCAUCUCUCUUUAGUUUGUGAACUGGCCUUUGUAGAUGAGGAAUCCUCAUAAUGCUCACUCAUUUUUCUGAUAAAAUUUUCAGAUAUCUUUUGUAACUUGGAAACUGUAGUGGAACUCACUGGGAGUCGUGGGGAGCAUAGCAUUUUCUAGUCAGACUGAAAGAAGCUUGAAAACCAAGAGAGGUUUUUAAAGCCAAUUUAUUUACUUUAUUUGUUGACUUCCAUGUAGUGGAUCAUGUAGUUAAUCAACCAUUUAAAAGUUUUGGUUGAAAAUUGGUUAGAAAUUUUUUGCACAUUCUUGUAAACAUUGUUUUGAUCAAGACUAGCACUAACGUUAGCAAUCAAAAUAAUGUCAUUUAAUGCCCCAUGAUGGACGAGAAAUCAUUUUUCUCUUGAAUAAAAA